AUGACGAGUAUUUAUCCAAAAGAUGAGAAACAGAGUUUUCCACCAACUUAUGAACAAGCCACUAACUAUCCACAAGCACCACCGAUUCCAUCUCUAUUUGGAAUGCAUUCACCUUCAGCAACAAUUUUGCAACCUCAACAACAGCCAAUGAAUAUGUAUUCACCAACACCGAUGGUUCCACCUCCUAAUGCAGGCACGAAUCCACCAGCUCAAGGUCUACCUGUUGCCAGUCAUAUGCUUAUAACAACACAAUCACUAAUAUAUGGUGAUCAUCCAAUUCAAUGCGUAUGUCCCUAUUGUCAUCAGACAAUCGCAACGCGAUUAGAAAGGCGAACGGGUCUAGUACCGUGGUUGGUUUGCGGUGGAAUUCUUCUAUUUGGUGGUUGGUUAGGCUGUUGCCUUAUUCCAUUUUGUAUGGAUGGUCUCAAAGACACAGAACAUUACUGUCCAAAUUGUGCUGUCUUACUUGGCACACGACGACUUCAUCAAUUUCGCUGCGCGAUUCUCGCAAUUGUUCAAGCUCGUUUAAUAACGGAGCUACCAGCUUUUGGAUUAAACCCAUUUGCUAAAAUGAGGAUGCGCCCAGGUCGAUUAUUCUGGCGAUCGGAUCCGUUGAAAUCUGAGUCGGUUCCGGUUCAGCUUUUGUCGAUUCCAGUAGGAUCCAGCAAAAUCCUUGCCGCCAGAAUUGAUCCGGAAAUAUCCGAUCAGUUUCUGACCGUUUCCGGCUGGAAUCCGCCGGCAAGGAUAUCGUUGGAAAACGAACUUAACCUGUCGGAACCGACCAAGCCAUUGUUAGCUCAAACUAUAGGGACAUCAGCGAAAGAGAGAAGAAUCAAGAAAAAGUUACCUUCGUGGGACUCGAACCCAUACCUUCUGCUAUCCGGGCAGAUGUCCUAA